CGUGCAAGCGGAAGAAUGCAUGCACUCCGCGAACGCUGCUUUCCGACGAACGCAUUUCGGCGAAGCAGCUAUGCGCGUGUUCACGACGUUUCUUGCGACGUUAUCCCUGUUGAUCGGGAAGGCGAUCUCCAGCGGCGGCGAUGGCGCCACUGAAGUUCACGAGCUUUGCAAGCAGUACGGAGCAAAGGCCUGCGGAAAAAUACCCUGCGAAGUUCCGCCUGGGUCCAACGACACGUUUUUAUGCAGAUGUGAAUCUGGUGAACAGUACUUCGAUGCCAUGAAGAAGGAAUGUCAGUACAAGAAUUCUUGCGAAACAAAGGUGUGCGCAGUAGGAAAGUGUGAGUCCCAAGGAGAUGGGCAGACUCGGUGCACAUGUGAAGGAAUGGACUGGCUUACUGAAGAUUGCAAGGUUGAACCUGGCUUCGCAAAUGAAUGCAAAAAUGGUAAUGUAGAGAUCAUCAGAGGGACUCCUAAGUGUGUCUGCAAUAGCGACGCUGUAAAAAAUGGCUCGCAAUGUAUAGUGACAACUUGCCUCAAGCCCUCGAACACAUGCUCUGAACUUUGCAAAGCAGGACUUCUGAAAAAUGACAAUCGCUGCUGCCAAGGGUGGAGCCAAAACAACUGCAAAGAGCCAACUGGGCAAUAUUGCUCACCUGGAAAUAUCAUGACAAAGGAGGGAAAGUGUCAAGACGCUUGCUCUACAAGAGACGCCGACAGCUUAUGUCUUCAUGGGUGCAGAAGUGCUCCUAAUGACAAGAGGCCGUUUGAAUGUAAAUGCCAGGGAGGCUAUGCAGUGGCAGAAGACGGAGUCACCUGCAAAAGGCAAGAGUGCACGGAUGGGCAAAAGAAAACGUGCCGAGCAGAUCAGGAGUGCCAUAUCCUCGCCAACAAUAACGUGCAUUGUUCUUGCGGAGAAUAUGAACAGGAAAUCGACGGAUUGUGCACAGAUAGAUGCAGGGGUAAGAAAUGCCACCUGAGCAACGCAUACUGUGGGAUCUACCACGGAAAAGAGCAGUGCAACUGUCCGUGGCCGUACCGAAAUGCUGCAGGAUGCCAACUAGAGGGGUAUUACUACAUUGUUUCCUUUAAAGCUAACGGGACUCUCGAUGCGGAAGACUGUCCGGGCACUGUUCGGAAAGCGAUGAAAACGACAUUCGGUCGUGACUUGGCCCAAGUGGACAUCCUGAAUUGCAGCGAAGAUAUCACCAUCCGGCUGGUAUUCAGAACACUGCCGCCGACCGCGCUGCUAAAUCAUCUUCGGGCGUGCCAAUACCCAGAAGGAGAAUUUUGCAUGUUUUACCCACGUCUAGCCAUCGUGAAAAACUCCGUGAGUGAUGUCAAAAUUGAGGACCUAUGUGCCGGAGUGCUGAAGAGAGUGGAGAUGGAGUACAGCGGAACGAACAAGUGCAUCCAAGACGGGCACAUGGUUUCGUUCAAGUGCGCGGAAGGAUACGAGGAGAAAGAUGUUGUUCAGACGGGACGCUUGAGCCGCUCCAUGUGUGAAAGGCCAUGUGGACAAGCCGAUGCUGAGAUGUGUUCGUCGAUCUUGGGCAAAUGCGUAGACGAGUCCGGCGGGGCCAGAUGCUCCUGCCCCGAGUCGUUCGAGUGGAAUGCAAAUGAGAAGGCUUGUUUUCUGGAGCACGUGUAUUGGUACAGCGUGUCUUUCAAGAUAGUGAAUGCUUCGAGAACGGCGCAGUACAGCGUAGACGACUGCACCGACAAGAAGAAUAACGUAGAAGCAGCUAUGCGAAAUCUUUAUCCCCAGACGCUACGAACUGUCAAGCUACUCAAGUGUUCGGACGAAUACAAAGUGGAGCUGAACUUCAAAAUGCCACAAGACCAGGCUUCCCUCGAAAAACUGCAGAGAUGUGAUGACACCAAAGGAAAAGAUAUUUGCUUUUUUCCGCCGGAUUUGUACGUAGUCAACGGAAGUGUAUCAGCGGUAACAGAGGAGAACCUGUGCGACACCUACUUGAAGGAUGUAGCGCAGAAGUUUGGGAAGCAGUACGAAUGUGUUAAGAACGAGAGUUCGUACGCCCUGAAGUGCACAAAAGCGUACAGAACCAUGGCGUCAUACGGACAGGGAGCUCUCAAGGUCGACCUUUGUGCAGAGCGAGAAUGCGAGGAGUACUGCACGGAGCCAGAACGACAGUGUUUGGAAGGCAAGUGCGUCUGCCACACAAAUUACGUCGAAUCCACAGAAGGCAUCUGCGUUCCAAUAUGCGACAAGAAUCCUUGCAAGAAUCGCGGCGUCUGUGAAAGAAGUGAGAAGGUAUCCUACUACUGUCGGUGUCAACCGAGCUACACAGGGCCAAGUUGUGAAGUUCAUUUCGAAAAGUACACCGCUGCACAGAGAAAUAUUACUAUUGUCGGCGUUAUUCUUGGAGUGUUCAUUAUAAUUUGCCUCGGCAUUGCCGGCGCAGUAAUUAGAAGGUUGAAAAAUAAGACUGUGGCCAGUGAAGAUCUUUAGCUUCAAGUACAUAUGAAAACCAGUUGAGGCAAAGAACAUAGUCACGUGAAGAAAAUUUCUCCAGCUCAGCUGCGGCACUCUUAUAACCGAAGUUUGGAUUGAUUCUGAAUGCUGCAGAGUUGCGCAACCUUCUGAAGCUUACCCUCUCGUUGAAGGAACGCUUUGUCCACUGCUAUUGGCGAUAGACGUCAUGAUUUUACUUGAAUACCAUCAAAAAGGAUAAGCGCAUAGUUAAACAUCGCGCAUGUUAGUAGUUUGCAUGUACGACUCCGCCUACACAAGAAGUUCGUACGUAAUGUGGACAAGGACCGUUAUUUACUGCAUAAUAGCGGCAGCAAGAUGGAAAGAAGUGGCCUUGAAGCCCGAAAAAAAAACUUCAUAAUAUGUAGUUGGUCCAAGACAUUGGUUUCAUAAUGGCGCCAUUUUUGGUGCGAGGGGAGCCGUUCAAAUGAUAAAUUUCUCUAUUAGAACUAUCCCUAAAUAUAUACAAUGAAGUGUUUCUAUUCAAGCUAAGGCCACAAAACAGAAACAUAUGUUUGAAAUAACUGGUAAAUGCAUUUUUUCAGUAAGUAAGACAAAAUUUGAAGGAACGGCCCCACGAUCAUCGUAUGAAGCUCACGUAAACGAGCUAUUAGUUUGUGGCAGCACCUAACAAAACCAAAGGUGCUUGGAUUAAUAAAUCACGCAGACACGAAGUCA